ACUUCUAUAUUUCUUUCUCACAAAUCAAAUCUCAUUCUCCACCUAAUAAUAAUAUUCAAUAAUUUUCUCUCUAAUUUUUAGAUCUUAAUUAUGGCUACAAUCCUUAAAGUUUGGGCUCGUCAGAUCUUCGAUAGCAGAGGCAACCCUACCGUUGAGGUAGAUAUUACUCUUUCCGAUGGGACAUUAGCUCGUGCUGCUGUACCUAGCGGUGCAUCCACCGGUAUCUACGAGGCUCUUGAACUAAGAGAUGGAGGAUCAGACUACCUCGGAAAAGGUGUCUCCAAGGCUGUCGCAAACGUUAACACAAUUAUCGGCCCUGCCCUUGUUGGAAAGGACCCAACCGAUCAGGCCGGUAUCGAUAACUUCAUGGUUCAACAACUCGAUGGAACUCAGAACGAAUGGGGCUGGUGCAAGCAAAAGCUUGGAGCAAAUGCCAUCUUGGCUGUUUCUCUUGCACUUUGCAAGGCCGGGGCUAGUGUCCUCAAGAUCCCACUUUACAAGCAUAUUGCCAACUUGGCCGGCAACAAGAACUUGGUUUUGCCAGUACCUGCAUUCAACGUCAUAAAUGGUGGAUCACAUGCUGGAAACAAGCUUGCCAUGCAGGAGUUUAUGAUUCUCCCAAUCGGUGCCUCAAGCUUUAAGGAAGCCAUGAAGAUGGGCGUUGAAGUAUACCACAACUUGAAGUCUGUGAUCAAGAAGAAGUAUGGUCAGGAUGCAACUAAUGUUGGUGAUGAAGGUGGCUUUGCUCCUAACAUCCAGGAAAACAAGGAGGGUCUUGAAUUGCUCAAGACAGCAAUUGCUAAAGCUGGAUACACCGAUAAGGUUGUCAUUGGAAUGGAUGUUGCUGCAUCUGAAUUCUAUGGGGAGAAGGACAAGACCUAUGAUCUGAACUUCAAGGAAGAGAACAACAAUGGCAAAGAGAAGAUUUCAGGAGAGCAACUCAAAGAUCUUUACAAGUCAUUUGUGAGCGAGUACCCUAUUGUGUCUAUUGAGGAUCCCUUUGACCAAGACGACUGGGAGCACUAUGCGAAGAUGACCGCUGAAUGUGGUGAACAAGUACAAAUUGUGGGAGAUGAUCUUCUGGUCACCAACCCAACGAGAGUUAAGAAAGCAAUUGACGAGAAGACAUGCAAUGCUCUUCUUCUUAAGGUCAACCAAAUUGGGUCUGUUACCGAGAGUAUUGAAGCUGUCAAAAUGUCCAAACAUGCUGGAUGGGGUGUGAUGGCCAGUCACCGCAGUGGUGAGACCGAGGACACAUUCAUUGCUGAUCUCUCUGUUGGUUUGGCAACGGGUCAAAUUAAAACUGGAGCUCCAUGCAGAUCUGAGCGCCUUGCAAAGUACAACCAGCUUUUGCGAAUUGAAGAAGAGCUAGGUUCAGAAGCAGUGUAUGCUGGAGCAAACUUCCGCAAGCCAGUGGAACCCUACUAGAUUGCAAAGCUAGAUAUGGAGUUGAUGAUGGUUAUAUCCAUGCGGGGAACGCGGUGGUCGAUAAGUUUCUUUUUAUGAAUAAUGGCUACUCAAAGUUUGUGUUGAGGGUUCAUGGCCAACGAGGUUUUGACUUUUUAAGUUUACAUUUGAGUUUGACAUCUAGUAAUGAACUAGUUUUUUUUGUUCUAUUGGUAAUGAGAAUUACAAUUAUUAAUUUUAA